AUGGAUCCAAUGAAGCGCAUAAUCGACCUCACUGGCUCUGCCAGUGAGAAUGAUGCCUCCGUGAGAAAGCAGGAAGAUCUCUCUGAGCUCAAAGAAAACCUUUUGUAUACAAUGGCAGAGAUUAAAUCAUCUGGUUCUUUUAUGACACAGAAAUCACUAGCUUCCGGGGUUAUUCCUGGUCUUCACGUACCCGGUAUUGGAGCCAUUGGGCUCCCUAUUUCGACCGAGAAUGCAAAGGCAAUGAUCCAAUCUUCUCGGAUGAGCCCAUACGGGAAGGGAACUGAGACGCUGAACCCGCGUUGGGAGACGCAACUCAACAUCUUCAGAGACCAAGCCGUUACUGGCCUUGGUCUUACUACCGCAAAACCAGAAGAGGUCAAAAUGGAACUGUAUAAACUGCUCAUAUACGAAGAGGGGGCAUUUUUCUUGCCGCAUCAGGAUUCUGAAAAGGCAGAUGGCAUGUUUGCGACGCUUGUCAUUAGCCUCCCCUCGAAACAUGAGGGGGGCGAAGUCAUUGUCUCGCACAAGGGCGAAAGUCUAAAAUUCGAGACGGGCUCAAAUUCUGAAUACGGCUUCUCUUGGGCUGCCUGGUAUGCCGAUGUCAUGCAUGAGGUGAAACCUGUCCGAUCCGGUUAUAGGAUUGUGCUCGUUUACAACCUGAUUCAUCAUCCCUCAGCAGCACUUAUCAAAUUUCGUGGUGAUAAGAUAGGAAGUCUCAAUCGGCUACUUUCUGCGUGGACUCUCGCCUUUGAAAAUUCAACGCAUCGACUAGAGAUUUGGCAUGACCAAGUCGAAGUCAACUGCCCAGCAACACUUGUCUAUCUACUCGACCAUCAGUAUUCCAUUGCAGAGCUUAGCGUCGCUCGACUCAAGGGAGUCGAUCGACAACGUUUCGUCCAGUUACAGGCGGCCUGCCUAAAGAACAACUGUGAUAUUUAUUUAGCGAAUAUCGAGAAAUCGGUCAAAGGAGGAGUAGAAGAUGACGAAUACUACGGCGGUUAUUACGGUCGUGGGCGCCACCUUGACGAUAACGGUUUUCAUACUCUCGAAGACGUAUAUGAAGACAGCCUUGAAUUACUGCAUGUUGUGGACAUGCAAGGCGCUGCGGCCGGAAAGAAUCUCCCUUUCCCCGAAACCAUGAUAAUCCAAAAUGAUGCUUUUAACGGAGAACCGGAUGAUGAAGACUUUGAGGGCUUCACAGGCAAUGAGGGAUCUCAUGCAACUCACUUUUUCCGCCCGACAGGCCUAUUGAUUGUCCCCAAAGCAGUCAGCUUUCUGUUUGAAGUCUGCUGA